GGCAGAGAGACAGCCUCCUUCACCAUUGGCAUCUCAAUCUCUUUCAGUUGAGAGAGAGAGAGAGAGAUGGAGGGUCUGGCAGUGUUAGCAGGAUGCCCAUGUCCAUGUCCUUCUUCUUCGUCUUCCCUGUUCUGUAAAGCACCCAGAAGAAGCAGAAGCAACAACUUAUCCUUGGCUGCAGCAGCUCCAUCCAACUCCAAGACUAAGAAACUUGACAAACGGCAACACCUGGCCGCAUUCCAGCCUCCUUCUCGUCUUUUCUCUUUUUCGCUUUUCCAAUCUCAUCUCCGCCAUAACCAUACCAAAUCCCACAUCUUCCUCCCCCACUUGAUUGCCUCCAUGGAACAAACGGAGGAGACUUAUAUUAUGGUCAAGCCCGACGGUGUUCAGCGCGGUCUUGUUGGAGAGGUAAUUUCUAGGUUUGAGAAGAAGGGGUUUAAGUUGACUGCUUUGAAGCUCUUCCAGUGCCCUAAAGAAUUGGCCGAGGAGCACUACAAGGAUCUCAAGUCGAAGUCAUUCUUCCCUAAGCUGAUUGAGUAUAUCACCUCUGGGCCUGUUGUGUGUAUGGCUUGGGAGGGUGUUGGUGUUGUUGCAUCGGCUCGUAAGCUCAUAGGGGCAACAAAUCCUCUUCAAGCUGAGCCGGGCACAAUCAGGGGUGAUCUUGCAGUUCAAACAGGAAGGAAUGUGGUUCAUGGAAGUGACAGCCCUGAGAACGGCAAGCGCGAAAUAGCUCUCUGGUUCAAGGAAGGCGAGUUAUGCGAAUGGACACCGGCUCAAGUGCCAUGGCUGAGGGAGUGAUCAGUUACACCCUUUUGUAAGUUGAUUCAGCUCUGGAGAGUACUCUGUUCCAUAAGCGGAAAGAUCAAUUCAUUCUUUGUGAUUUCAAGCAAUAUGAUGGAAGCCAUGGUGAUCAUAAACCCCAGCUGAACUUCAUUGGAGAAGUUGCAAACCUUCAUUGUUUCAAAUCUCUUUUUGUUUCAGUUGUAUUUGGCUUUAGACCCAUCUGAUUUCAAUCUGAAAUUGUUGCAGAGAUGGAUGUUAUUCGGUGAAGAGCAUCAUCCUUUAAGAAUCUGUAAUCCUUCUCAAACUCCACUUUGUUGUAAAAGGCUGAAACCUAAUCAAAAUAAAGCUUCUGAGCAACAAA